AUGGAAGGGGCGGAGCAAGUAGCGGCAACGCAGCAAGCUGUGGCGGCGUUGGGCCGGCGAUGGGCGGACGUGACCUUGAACGACGAAGAAGAUGAUAUUUUUGUGCCGGCGGUGGAGGAGGGUGCUGAACAGCCGGCCGAGACAGCUCCAACAUGGCGGCUAGUUGGUAGGUUCCUGACUACCAAGCAUGUGAAGGCGGAGUAUAUGAGCCAGGUCAUGGCUUCGGUUUGGCAACCGGUGAAGGGGGUUCGGGUCUCGGAAUUGCAACCAGGGCUGUUUCUCUUUGUGUUCUUCCAUGACACGGACAUUCAGUUGGUUCUAGAUGGUGGUCCAUGGUCCUUUGAGAACCACACUUUUGUUUGCAAGAAAAUCCACGAUGGUGAGAUACUGGUCUCGGUGCCGUUGGAUUCGGUUGAUAUGUGGAUACAGGUGCAUGACCUGCCGUUGGGCUAUACCUCGGAUCUUAUUUUGGAACAGGUGGGAAAUUUUUUGGGUGUUUUUAUCAAGAUUGAUGAUAGAUUCGCGAAUGCACCUUGGAAGACGUUUUACCGGAUUAGGGUUUCAAUCUCGGUCUUGAAACCGCUAAAACGGCGUAUGAAACUAAUGAAGAGGGAUAAAACGACUUGUUGGGUAAAUUUCAAAUAUGAGAGAUUACACAACUUUUGUUACUUCUGUGGUAUGAUGGGGCAUCUUCAUAAGUACUGCUUGAAGGCGCGGGAUGCAAAGAUACCGGUAGAGCAAUAUCCGUAUGAUGAGAAUUUACGUGCUGGUUUUAGAAAAGGAUCGUGA